GAAUUGUGAUGAGAGGCGGCAGAUGGAUGUCGGAAAUGGAAGAGAGUUUGAUAAGGUUGAGAGUGAUAGUUUUGAGUGCGGUGCAAAGAACGAUGAUCUGGGAUCGCUUUUGUGCGGUGAGAAGAGGGAAUUUUAUGAAAAUGUGAGAGGAAAGAUUUCUGAAGAUAAGUGGAAUGCAAAAACAGAUACUGAAACAGAAUGUCAGAAGGUUGAUAACAUGGGUUUUGCUUUUGAUUCUAAUAGCAGUGAUUUGGGUAUGCAUUUGAAUUUGGAUUCAAAUCCAGAAAUGCAAGAGUAUGAUGGAAAUGUGGAGAAACCGAGCAUGGAUAAUAGGGGGGGAAUGAAAUUAGAGAGUGAAGUAGAGUACAAUGUGGGCUCUGCUCCUUUCGUGUUUUGUUCUAGUUUGAUUUCGAAUUUAAAUUCAAAUAUGGAAAAGCAAAAACCUAGUGGAAAUCUGGACAAGUUGGCUUCUGAUGUUGGCAGAAAGCUGAAUGUAGAGAGUGAAACAGACUUAGAGAAGGUGGAAGCUGAUCCUUUUGAAUUUCAUGCUGAGAAGAGUUGCAUCUUAAAUAAGGAUCAAGAGAAUGCCUUUUUUGUAUUUAGAAGCAGCAGUUAUACUGAAUGCAUGGAACCCAAGUGUCAAGAUACAAUGAAACUGAGUAGUGAAAAUUUAGGAGGUUUCAAGACAAAUUCGGACAGUAGUCCUUUCUGUCAGUGUUCGGGAGGUCCUUAUGUUGCCUCUGAGAGAACUAAUGAAGAUAAUCAUGAAAAUAGUGGCCCGAACCAUUUCUUAUUUGGAAGUGAUGGUAACACGGAGGGUGCCACAACAGGAAUUUCUAGUUCCAAAAAUUUUAAAUCUGCAGGAAGUGCUGAGAGUGAUGAGGCAGGUCAAUUCACCAAAUGUCAAGUCAAUCAUAAUACACUCCCGAAUAUAGAUGCAGCAGCAGCAACAUGUUCAUUUUCAUCAGUUGGUCUUGGCUUCCAACCCAACGGUUGUGCUUCUGAAGCAGCUUCUGUGGAUGGCGUAAAAAAGAAAGACGACUUGACUUUUACUGGCACUACAGAAGGAUUUGGAGUGUGCUUUGAAGACUUUAAGAGGUCAUUUUGUGAUCCUUCCUGUCUCAGAGAAAAUUUAUUUCCUGAAUUAAAUAAAACUUCAAAAUGUGGUGCGAAGGGUAGGUCCUUUAGGGACAAAAGAUCAAGGAAACAAAGGGGAAAGUCAAAGAAACCUUCCAUGAGUAAGCCAUGGCCCGGACAAGAUCAUGUGCCUAAGGAAAGUGGUUCCCAAGAAAACCCAGAACCUUCUGGAUGCUACUCGCCCAUGGAUUUCUCUCCCUAUGAGGAAACAAGAGUUGCUGAUCCACAUUCAAGGGGACAUUCUGUGACAUCUGCUGACCCCUGUGAAACAGUUCCUGUAGAUCCCAAAGGUGAAGGUUUGGCUGCUACUGCAAGUGGAUUAGGUUAUACAGUUGAUCAGAUAUGUAAAGAGCCCAUUGAGAAGAAUUCGACGUAUCAUGGUGAGGGAGGUUUUUUUUGUGAUGGUUUGUGGAAAGGUUCUGAUUCAGAAACAGCUAGAGCUGGUAUUGGAUUAACUAUAGAGAAACAAGAAAGUGAUUGUAGAUCACCAUUUUUUGCUUCGGGUUCUGAAAAAGAUAAAUGCUUUACGUUUUUGGCAUCAUCUUCUGUGCAAGGUAGUUCAGUGAUGGGUAAGCGCCAACAACGUAGAAAGAAAAACAAGAUAAAAGUUGGUCAUGCAACAUUUGUUAUUACUCCUAGUUCAAAUGUUGAGUUUGGAUCUUCUGGCCUAUUUACCCCUCACUCUAGCAUGCCUUUAUGUACGGAGGUAGUUGGUAAAUCAGAAGCAAAAGAACAAUUUAAGCAAGUGCAUGUCUCUUCUAGUGUUGCUAUUCAUGAAACCUGUGAGAAAUGGCGGAUCAGGGGAAAUGAAGCUUAUAAAAAUGGAGAUCAUUCAAAAGCUGAAGAAUUUUACACACAGGGAAUAAUUUCUAUACCUUCUAAUGAAAGAGCAGGAUUCUCUCUGAAGCCUCUUUUGCUAUGCUAUAGCAACCGUGCUGCAACGAGAAUGUGCCUUGGAAGGAUAAGGGAAGCUUUAGGGGACUGUGUGAUGGCUACUGCACUAGAUCCCAACUUUCUCAAAGCUCAAAUGAGAGCUGCAAAUUGCCAUCUUCUGCUCGGUGAAGUCGAAAAUGCAAAGCAGUACUUCAGUAAGUGUUCCGAAUCAGUAAAUGGUGUCUGUUUGGACCGAAGAAUUGUAAUAAAUUCUGCUGAUGGCCUACAAAAGAUUCAGAAAGUGAUUGAGUAUACAAAUCGUUCUAUCAAGCUGCUGGACCAGAGAAAUACUGAUGCAGCUCUCACCGCAUUAGAGCUAAUUUCUGAGGCCUUGUCAGUUAGCUCAUGCUCAGAGACAUUACUUGAAAUGAAAGCAGAGGCUUUGUGUUUGUUGCGGAGGUAUGAAGAGGCAAUUCGUCUGUGUGAGCAGAGUAUGGUUUUUGCUGAAAGGAAUUUUUCUGGAUGUGAAAUUUAUCAAGUUAAGUUAUGGAGGUGGUUCUUCAUAUCCAAGUCUCACUUUCAUUUGGGAAGGCUUGAGGCAGCCCUUGAUUUACUUGAGAAGCUAGAGAAAGUGGGAUCUACCAAAGAGAUGUAUGCAAGUAAGAAACUGGAAUCAUCCGUGUCAUUGGCUGUCACAAUACGUGAACUAUUACACCACAAGAAUGCAGGCAAUGAAGCAUUUAGAUCAGGAAGCUAUACAGAAGCAGUGGAGCAUUAUACUGUUGCUUUAUCUAGCAAUAUGGGAUCUCGUCCGUUUUCAGCUAUCUGUUUGUGCAACCGCGCUGCAGCACACCAAGCUUUAGGUCAAAUUACUGAUGCUAUUGCAGACUGCAGUCUUGCCAUAGCUCUUGAUGGCAAUUAUGUAAAGGCAGUUUCUAGAAGAGCCACCUUACAUGAGAUGAUACGAGACUAUGGACAAGCGUCUAGUGAUCUCCAAAGACUUGUAUCCAUUCUAGAAAACCAAUCUAAUGACAUGGCCAAAGAGCCUGGCUCACAAGGUAGAUCCAAUGGCAGCGUAAAAGAAUUACGCAAUGCUCGUCGACGUGUGCCUUUGAUGGAAGAAGAAGCUAAAAAAGGAAUCUCCUUGGAUUUUUAUCUUAUUUUGGGAAUUAAACCAUCUGAUGAGAGUUCUGAAAUUAAGAAGGCUUACCGUAAGGCAGCGCUGAAGCAUCAUCCUGACAAGGCUGGCCAGUUCUUAGCAAGGAGUGAGAGUGGAGAUGAAGGGCAACUCUGGAAAGAAAUCUCUGCGGAGGUUCACAAGGAUGCUGACAGGCUCUUUAAAAUGAUUGGAGAGGCAUAUGCAGUACUUUCAGACCCUACGAAGCGGUCACAGUAUGAUCUCGAGGAGGAGAUGAGAAAAGUAGAUAUUGAAUGCAAGGAAAGCAGCAUCCAUAGAAAAGCUUCAGGUUUUCAGAGUCCUGGCUGCAGCAGUUAUAGAAGACCUGAUUUCCGUAGCUCUCCAUUUGAGAGAAGCUCUGGUGGUCGAAACUAUGGCAGGGAGAGUUGGAGGACAUAUGGAAAUUCGUAUCCUCGAUGGUAGAAGGCAACUCGUUGAUUUGAGAAUGUUAUACAAGUUCAGAGUGCGUGUUUCGAGUGGCCCUAGUUUCAUAGAGGAUCAAUGGAAAUGUGCUGGCUGCGAGUGCUCGGGUAAUGACUUUCAUAAGAGUGGAUCCAACUGAAAUAGCCGCAGUCUUCGAACUGAAAGCCAGCUACAAAUGGAUAGCGCGAUGUUGAGCCAGGUACACAGCAACAAUGUCUAUGUAUUUACUACCUUCCAAAUACAAAAACGCAACACCUUGACCCUGCCCCGACGAUACUCAGCGAGUGCUGGCGAUAACGGAAGAAGAGCUGGAAUUCUUCGGUUUCCAUCCCACUUUGGUGGGAAGCAAAUAACAGUGAGCAUAAGUAAUUGUAACAUUUGUAUUUGUUCGUAGCAAUUUUACAAAUGAUUAGCCCAAUAUUAUAAAUGCUUGUUGAAAGGUGUUAUAAAACAAUGCUGUAGCUUUGUCCUUCUAAGUCA